AUGGAGUCAGAGGAGAGUUUAGAGAACCAAGAAGACACAAGAGGAGCUGUGAAUAGGAAAAGGAAGAAGGAUAGUGAUUCAAGUGAUGGCAGCCAGGCAAGAAAAACAGAUGAGAGGUUUCAAGUAGGAAUGAUAGCAGUGACAAGAACGGAUGGGAUCUUCAAGGACUCGCACGAGGUUGGAAGCAUGAAACAGCCCACUGCCAAAACUGAGAUGCUCCAUUUCAACGUCUCCGCCAAAGAAAACAGCAUCAGCACCAACAGCUAUGAGUACCCCUACUGGGACUGUCCGAAGGUCACACUGAAUGGCCAAUACUCUGACAUGGAGGCAGAGAGUCAAAACUUCCUCCCUGAACACAACCUGGGCAAGAAGAAGUAUGAGACCGAAUAUCACCAGGGCAAUGCUUCCUUUGGCAUGUCCGUCUUCAACCUGGGCAAUGCCAUCAUGGGCAGUGGCAUCCUGGGUGUGUCCUACGCUAUGGCCAACACUGGCAUCGCCCUGUUUGUGAUUCUCCUCUUGGCUGUCGCCAUUUUAUCCUUAUAUUCUGUCCACUUGCUGCUGAAGACGGCCAAUGAAGGAGGUGCACUGGUGUACGAGCAGCUGGGUUACAAAGCCUUCGGGAUGCCGGGGAAACUGGCCGCUUCCUGCUCCAUCACCAUGCAGAAUAUCGGAGCCAUGUCAAGCUACCUCUACAUCGUCAAAUACGAGCUGCCCAUCGUCAUUCAGUCCUUUGUGGGUUCCAAUGAGGAAUGGUACACUAACGGUAACUACCUGGUGCUGCUGGUGACACUCGUUAUAAUCCUGCCUCUGUCACUGCUCAGGAACUUUGGUUACCUUGGUUACACCAGUGGUCUGUCACUGCUCUGCAUGGUGUUCUUUUUAACUGUGGUGAUCAUCAAGAAGUUCCAGAUCCCAUGCCCUCUGCCAAAGGACAUGUCCCACCUGAACACCAUCACUGUGGACUACAGCGAGGACGCAUGCACACCAAAAUACUUUGUCUGGAACUCUCAGACUGUCUAUGCUGUUCCUAUUCUGACCUUCGCCUUCGUGUGCCACCCUGCCAUCCUGCCCAUGUACGAGGAGCUCAAAGACCGUUCCCGCAGAAAGAUGCAGGGCGUUGCCAAUGUGUCCUUCCUGGCCAUGUUCAUCAUGUACCUGCUGGCCGCCCUCUUCGGAUAUCUGACCUUCAACUGUGAGUCUAAACCAUCAUUUAAUGUGUGGUUGAAUAUCUACAAGGAUGAUGUGUUGCUGCUGAUCGUCCGCCUGGCUGUGCUGGCCGCCGUCACUCUCACCGUCCCCGUGGUGCUUUUCCCUAUUCGUACCUCUGUAAACCAGCUCCUGUGCACCUCCAAGGAAUUCAGCUGGAUCCGCCACACCAUCAUCACUGUGGCCCUGCUGGCCAGCACCAACGCCCUGGUCAUCUUUGUCCCCAGCAUCAGGGACAUUUUUGCCGUCAUCGGCGCUUCUUCUGCCAUGCUCAUCUUCAUCCUGCCCUCGGCUUUCUACAUCAAACUGGUGAAGAAGGAGUCCAUGAAGUCUGUGCAGAAGAUCGGGGCCACUGCCUUCCUGCUGUUGGGCUUCGUGGUCAUGAUCGGCAGCAUGAUCCUCAUUAUCCUGGACUGGGUCCACAAUGCCUCAGCCAGCUCGGACUCAGCCGACGGACACUAA